UAUAGAGGCGCUGUGCAGGAACGAUUGGAAGAGAAGCUGUGCCUGGAUCCGCUAAGUGAAUCAUGGGACAUUCAAACGUCUGGAACUCCCAUCCGAAAAACUACGGUCCCGGUUCUCGGACUUGCCGAGUCUGUGGGAACCCCCAUGGGUUGAUCAGGAAAUAUGGCCUGAUGUGCUGCAGGCAGUGCUUCCGUAGCAAUGCAAAGGAAAUUGGGUUCAUCAAGUAUCGCUGAAGUUUGAUCGCAUCAGAGGGGGGUAAUUUAGGUACAAUC